AUGCUGCAGAAGUUGCUCGGGGUCAAGACGCAGACACAUCCUCGGGACCUAUGUCUGCAGUUUGGCUGCGUCCGGCUGGAGCGGCCGGUGGCUGCAGCGCUGGCAACCUUCAAGCAGAGAUAUGUCGCCCAGGUUGCCAUUGCUCAAAGGGGGACGGUGGCACUCAACAAACCCGUGUUUGUGGCGGCAAUCUUCCUCGCUGUGGCGCAGAAGAACAAAGUCAAGGUGGACAAGCGGAGACUGCUGGAGCCUUUGGGUGUCCUACCGACAGAAUUCGCUGCUGCUGCCACUGCUGUUGCUUCCCUGAUGCCCGAGCUCAGCACCGGCAGCAGUGCCAAGCGUAGGCGAAAACCUGAGGGCGCAGAAGACGAGGCUGCGGAUGGGUGCCUGGCUGUUGCGGCUUCAGCGAGACUGGAGGAGCUCGGCAGCAGUGACGAAGAGGUGCUGGAGGAUGGCGCCGUGGGGCGACGGGUGCAUGCCGGCAAGCAGCAGAAGCGGGAGUAUGAUGCCUGGAAGACGGCUAUGCUGGAGCGAAGGGCAGCGGAGGCCAAGGCCAACGAUCCGCCCAGUGGCCCCCUGCGCCAGGCCACGCUGACCUACAACGCGCCGGCGCGUGAGAAAGGCUCGUCCUGUAUGUGA